GAUGUAGCUUAUAUGUGUCCACAACUGGCUAGAAAUCGAUAUUUUAAAUACAAUAGAAUAGCAAAUGAUCGAAAUGGUUGGCAACGUUUAUAUCAGGAAAUUCGUGAAAAAUGUGAACGAGAAGCCAAUGAGAAACACUUUGGAACCAGCGAAUCAGAAAAACCUCAUAAUCGUUGUCUCAAUCGAUAUCGCGAUGUCAAUCCUUACGAUCAUUCAAGAAUCAUUAUACAUCGCGGAAGCGUUGAUUAUAUAAAUGCAAAUUUAGUCAAGCUUGAACGUGCAGAACGGAAAUACAUAUUGACACAAGGGCCAUUGGGGGAUACUAUGGGACAUUUUUGGCACAAAAGCUAUUCUCAUGCUUAACAAAUUAAUGGAGAA